AUGGCAUUGGCGAGUGUGGGCAAGGCAGCUAGCAGGGAAGUGGUGACCGAAGAAGAUAAGGGUGAUGAGCCAAGGCCAAAACAAGAAGGGCAGCUCUGCGGUGGCAAAGUUUCUGCCGGCGGAGGGCCGCCGCCUGAGGCGACUCGCCCGACUAGCCCGACGUCUAAGUCCGAGUGGGUGACCAAGAGCAAGGUUAAGGCUAGAUGUGGCAGAGUCCUCAACUUUGUAGUCGAGGAUUCGCUGGCUCAAGAUCCGGCACUCAGCCUCCCGGACCACGUGAGGCAGCGAUGGUCUGUCCGGCUUGCAGAAGCUGCCAGUGGCGCUGCAGCCAUCGGAAAGCCUUGGAAGGCGCACCAUCCGCCUCUGCCUUGGUACGCGGUUGAGCUCAUGCGGGUUUGCACGGGCACCAUGCACCUGAGCUCACAGCUGAUGUCGCUGCAGGCACAAAGGAGCAAGCGGUCGUGGAUGUGGAAGGAUGGGCCGUUGGCAAGGAUGCUGGCAAGCUGUGGUGACAUGCUAACAGAGGCCGGCUCUGUGAUCGAGUCUGUGUCUGCAGCGAGGUGCUCUCAGUCCUCGUCAUUUCACGCCACACUGCGAGCAAUGCGGGAACGAUGCUUGCCAGCCUACUUGUCCGAACCAACAGUGCCACCCUGCCUCUCAUGUACAGCAGACGAGGCCAUGUCCAUGACCCAGACGGCUCUCACGCGCCUUCGCGGGGCUGGAGCAGCUCUGGGUCUCGCUCUCAGGCUUGAGGCGCCGGGUUUCCACGGUGUUGCAGGUGAGGUCAUUGACCAAGAUUUUUUCAUCUUGGUGCCCGUGGUGGAGAUGACGCUAUCGAAUUUGGGGUGGCUGACAAAGCUUGUUUUCCAGCAGCUCGAGCUCGACCUCUCUCAUGUGCCUGCUGAAACGGCCGGUGCCGGCGGCCCUUUCGCAGAUCCAUCGAUGAAGUCGAUUGUGGUCAGUCCAUCCAUCAACUCGGCAUGGGCAGAGGAGUCCCAGCUUCUUGACGAGGCCGCCGAGGCCGUGCAAGAAGAGGAUCCAAGGACAUCGCCUUCGCAGCCUGCACCGGAGGAGCUCGAGGGUGCUUCGAGUGCAAAGGCGAGCAACAGGUGCGGCGACACUUGUGUCAAGCGGUGCUCGCACGCGAGUGUAUUUCUCUGUGUGUGUGUACACCCUGGUUCUAAGCUAAGGGUUUUUGCAUGUUCGCAAUUUUAUCGCAGCCGGGGGGCCUGA